UGCGUUUUUUUUCUGCGGUUAAUACUAAGGGUAGUGGUAGUUGAAAAACACUUCCCAUCAGAACAGAGCGUAACUUAGCACACGAACUACAGACAGACGCGAUUUAACCGACCUACCGGCUUAGUCAAGCAAAAAGUACAGUUGCCAAUCGCCGUAGAGCAGGUUCGGAAGCCACUGGCUGCUUAGUAGUCGUCGUCCGUUGAAGCCUCCGGCAGUGAGUCACUUCGCCUUCAUCAGCUAACAUCAACCAGCAGCAAUCCGUCCGUCAGUGGCUGAUGCCGCACCUCGACUUUGAUUAUCAUAUUCAGCUUCACUCGACCCAGCCAGAUCUGAUCGACGGAAAGCGAUUUUAUUGGUGCCUUUUUUCGUUGUUUUUAUUGCUGGAAUUUUUUUUUCUGCACUAGCCUGGGUGGGUUUUUUCAAAAAUUUUGGGAGAAAAGCCACCGUCCUCGGAUGAGUCAUCUCCAAAAACUGGCGCAGGAUGCCUUCGUGUGAUGUUGAGAGGUCGUCGUCAAUAAGCGCGCGCUCCCAGGUGAUCGAUAUCAAAGGCGCAAACAGUUGAGCCCCGAAAUUCAGGCGGCUCACAUCGUCAUCAGUCAUUUUUGCUGGGUGGCCUCAGUCAAGUGUUAUUUGUGAUUUUAACCACCAACAGCGAAUUUUUCGUUUGUGAGUAGAUAUAGUUAGUUUUAGCUGAGAGAUUUGCUGAUAACGAAUCCCGCCCGUGUGGAAUUUGCGAAUUCAAAGAUAAGAUAACCGUUAAGUGAUAGAAGCGCCAGAAAAAAAGGACUUGUGCCGAGUUGCAUACCAAUUAGAGGGUGGAUUUUAGUUGGUGUAAGAUCGCGAAUCCGAUUAGUCGGGCCGAUAUCGAUUGUUUCCCGGAGUCUCUGGAAAGAGAGAAAAAGCAAUGACGGUUCUGGAUAGCAAUGUAGGAGGAAAUGGUGGACCGAUGCAGGCCUCCCCACCUCCUCCACCCCCGCCGAUGCAGUCGAAUGGAGGAGCCACAACAAACGGAAGCAUUGGCAAAAUUACAUCGGCGGCCAAGGAGGGAGGAUCUGCACCGAGCACGCAACUGCUGAUGAGCGAUAUCCGAAACGGAGUCACGCUCAAGCCGACCAAGACCAAGGAUAAGAGCACGGCGGCCUUCAUCCGGCAGGCCAAUAAAAAUGAUGGCGGUAAUCGCAAUGUGCCUCAGCCCCAGGAGGCCUCCAACGGUUCCACCGGUCAAUCCGAAGAUAUCAAAGAUGCCCUACAGCAGGAGCUUCGAAACACACUUAAGAGAAAAGUAAAGAAGGACGACAUUGAGAGUGGUGACAGUAAUAAGCAAAGCGAGAUAGAGAAAUCAAUGGAACAAAAUCGCACCGUAAUUGAGCUCAAAGUAAACAGCCCGGUAAAUAAGUCGCCAUCUGAUAAGAGCCCCGCGGCAAGGGAUGUCGUCGAUAAGGCGCCUUUGAAGAGUUCGCAAACCGAACGACAACUUGAAAUUAAAUCUCCGGUCAUCGGCAAAGGCUUAAGUAGUUCUAUUAAAAGUCCCGUUCUGGGAAGGUCAAUUGUUGGCAAUUCACCACUGAAAGGUUCAAUGGCAGCUUCUAAACCGCUUGAAAGCCCAAAAAUGGAGGAAAAGAUCAAAAAAGUUCCCCCAGGAAAACCGCUAACAAUAGAUGUAAGCGUUUGCCAGAACGAAGGUCACCUGAAGAAUAGUAUUUUAUCUCCGGAAGUGAAAAGUGGAACCGCAUCAAUUCGGCCAUCACAGAUAAAAACCCUUACUCAGUCCGGUGGCUAUGUGUCACAUACAGAUAUUGUGGAAAACCCUAAGCCAGUACAGAAGAGUCCCAUCAGUUUGGUGGAACAACCUAAACCCACAUACUCGCCACCAACGCCCAAAACUCCGCUGAAGACUACCAUCAGCAAUGGGUACAAUACGUUACCGAAAUCACCGAGAACUCCCGCCCCUAUUAAUAGUGCACCUUCGUCUCCGCGAACUCUUAUCCUGGAUACCAAAUUCGGUAAUAUACCGAAGUCGCCACUUAAUAAUACUCCGGCAAGACUUGAUCCUAACGCCGCACCCAAAAAGUUACUUAUCUCUCAUCCUAAAGCAAGUUUUACCUUGCCAAGAAGUAUUAACAAGGCUAAAACUGCACCGUCAACCCCCUACCAGGAAGAAACUAAGCCAGUUUUCCGGAUCCUAACCGACCUGGAAGCAGCUGAACGACAGGAACCGGUGGUUCGUAGUAAUGGAACAAUUCCGGCGGUCAACGAACGUAAACUUUCGGCUCCAAAAGCGGACCAACCCGGUGCCGAACCCAUACUGACUUCCUUCGUCAGUUUUUCCAAAGAAAUGUCCAAAGCUCCGAACAACUACCCGGAUACGGUUCGCACCAAGACGACCGUUGGCGUGAGGAAAGAGGACCUAUUCAUGGGUAAUACCAACCUGCGCGAUGUCAAGUUCGAUAUUGUGGAAAACGGCAAGCUGCGGAUUGUGAACAAAUAACAGGAUAGAAUAGAAGAUAGUGUGUCGAUAUAACCCGUCGUGUUACUAAGACUGACAUACACGCGUUGAAGACUUGACACGCAAAUCGAGUCUAUGCGAGGAUCAUUUGGAUAAAUAAUGAGCGUGUGCGAACUGAUUUAUUUUAUGAUGUCAGGAAGUAAUGAUUGUAGCAUUUUAUCAGUUUGUGGAAAGCAUCAUAGUGAUUAUUUAUUUACGAAUUCGUCAGCACAUGCACAAAAUGUCCAAUAGUCCUAUUUGCUGCUGGGUGUUGCACUAACACUUUUCAAUUAUGGGGAAAACGACCGGGAUUGUCGGCCGUUUUGUACGGAAAGUUUUUGAGGUUAUUUUUUCUGUCUUAUCCGUACACGCCUAGCAAGUGUACGUGAGAAAUGUAAAAAACAAUUCUAUUGAAAUCCACAACGAAAAUAGAAAAUUAUCAAUUGACGCUCAGAAUGUGAAAAACAGAGGUCUCAGAGGACUGCCUUGCGGCACUCUAAUGAGAGACAGACUAUAAUGAACACCAGUUAACAGCAGUUUUAGUCGACCGAGUUUUGCUGUGCAACUUAAGUGUUUUAAGAUUCGCCCUGCGAUAAAUGACUGUAAAAAUCAUAGACAAAGAUAUCGGUUGAGAAAAACGGUAAUUUGAAUUUGUACAAUAAAAACGGGUUAGUCUAACGAAAUAGGAAACGCACAGAAUUAAAAAAAAUCAAUGAAAAAGUCGUAUCACUCCUAAAAUAAUUAUUCACAAACACUAUAAAUACCUUGUUUUCAAUACAACACGUCCUUAAGCCAUCCUACUGUACAUAUUUAUAAUUCUAGUUGUUAGAAGAUGUAUAAACUUUAACUGUUAUGUAAUGUAUUGAUUAAAAGUUAAUAAAAAAUGACAACCUUAUAUUCACA